AAUAAAAUAAUGGGAUAGAAUACAAUACAAUGUGCAAUAUCAUAUUGCGACCUGAUAAUAACGGUCCUGACGUAGCUUAUUUGAAACAAUAGGGUUUAAACCAAUCAACUGCUGUUCUAUUGAGUUAGACCAGUUGAUUGGCAGUUGGGACUGAUGUCUGGUCGACCAACAGAUAUCAAUACGGCUUCAUUGUUCUGUAGUUGAGUCCGUGAAGGGGGUAAUGGUUGAAAAGCCGAGGUGGUAUUCAUGCACGAAACAAAAUAUUGAAUGAUUUAAAGAUUUUGUUAUACUAGUUUCUAACAGGUUGAAAAAAGUAAAUGCUGAAAAUAAUGACCGUCUUAAAUUACUAAAAUAUUGUGUGGGUUGUUUGUAUUUUUUGUAAAAACAUUGUUCGUUUUAGCAUCAGAAUAGUCUACAAUCUUUUAUCUAGUUCAUAAUUAUCAGGAUAAUAGCAAUGCUUGAUUCUUCUAAUCUAAUCGGGCUUUCAAAGUUUCAGUUCGUUCCGGAUUGGCCAUUGUGAUAAAUAAUAUCCAUUUAUUAUGAUAUAUUAUGAUGUCACAAUGUAACUUUCACUCACCGCAACAUUGUUACAAACAACUUGUGACACUGGCGAUUGUAACGUUAUCACGUUGUUGUCGCAACACUGGUUGCUAAGGUGACGUAAACAGUUCAUGUGACAUCCUACCGCAUUUGAUGUUAAUCCGUCAAAGAUGAAACCGUGAUUCUACGUAAUUAUGAAAAUAAUUAGGCUAUAUACCAUGUAUCAGUGAUGAUAUUGGUAAAAGAUUUAAGGGACACAAACUGAAAUAGCUGCCGAACUGCACCUCCAGUCUACCAAAGAGCUAAGGAAUAUUUCGUGUAGUGGUAAGUAGGAAGGUGAUUCACAGAAAAGUUCAGAUGAUGUGAAAAUGAUGUGCCUGAAGGAUCGCUAGGAUCACCAACCCACACAGGCAAGCAGGACAGUAAACGGUAGGCUUGCGCAUUGUGAAUUAUGAUUUUAAAAGUUACAUAAUAAUGUAGAGCUGUAUCUUGUAUUGUUGUAUGCGUAGCAUUUACUCAUUGUUGUUAGGAGUGUAGAGCAUGACAUUUGUUAUUUUAAGAAUAAAAUAAUGAACAUUUACUUUGUUUGGCUGCAACGUAAUUGAUUAUAUUUAUUUAUACUUAUUUUUGACGAAGUUAGAAAUAACAAUGUUUUUUCCCUUGGCAGGCCUGUUAUUCAGUCAGUAACGUUACAUUGUCUAUUAACCAGAAAAAGCUGUGACUGAACCAUGGAGUCCAGCUCGCUGUGUGAGGAACCAGACUCCAAGAGCUCUCUACCCUGUCCCUCUCCACCAGACUCUGAUUUGGGGGAGGACACAGAGACAGAAGGGUGUGGGAGAGACAGGGACAGGGAGGACAUGUUCCCAGGGGGACAAGAACAUAGAGACCAGGACAGGUCAUAUUCGGAGUCCAGCUCACCUGUGGAUGUCAUCGUUACAACAGACAGCAAAGACAUACCCGAUGACCUGACCAGUACAAACAGCAAAGAUGGCUCCCAUGUCGUCAAAUGGACUGUCAGCAUUGUUCUAGCCAUUCCUAAAGGAGACGAACCCUGUCCUGUAGGUGAGGCUAUGGUCUUAGUGGAGAAGGCCAAGAAGAAGCCCAAACGUGUUCUGUCCGGUGGAGUGGUGGAGGCCCCUAAGGCCCAGGCAUACUAUCGUAUAGAGUACAACAUGCUGCCUGGUGACCAGGACCCUGUUAAAGUAGAUCUGGUGAUGUUCGGCCUUGCUGCUAAGAUCUACAUGGAGAAUGAGACCAAGGUGUUGAAGCCGUGGCUUGAAGGGGACCAGGUGUGGUUAGGCUGGUCUCAGUCUGUAAAGGUUCGAGUCACCAGAGAGCUGCUCAUUAAACUGGUGUCUCAUAAAAUCACCUUCAAAAUCUGGGACACCAAGGACAGGGUCUCUGCUAAAGCCAGAUAUGACCGACCCAAAACCUUCCGGCUGCCACAGGCCAAACCAGGGGAAGACAAUGAUCUAGGUGGGAUAAAGAGCAUGGUGUACAAGUUGAGAACAAUGUUUGAGAAGAAGAAUCCCAGGACCAGAUCGUCCAAUAAGAGAGGAGAUGCCUUGUCCACGGACUUCAAGAGGUUCUCUGAGCUCAACUGUGUUACAGGAGACCGGUGUCUGACUGACUGCCUGGAGACGUAUUCCUCUGGGGUGUACGAGGGUCUGUGUAACAUCACACUUGACCGACCUCUGAUCUCUGAGAAGCUGAAGGCGGAACUCAACCCUCUAGUCAUCACCAUCCUGUCAGCCUCCUCCCUGCCAUCAUCCCCUGUCCCCUUCCAUGUCUUAGAGGAGAAGUGUCUGCCAGUGUACUGCCAGUACCAGUUCCAUAACACGUCUAAGCACCGGACCAAAGGCCAGGAACACAGGACUGACGUUUACUUCAAUGACGUCAAUGUCAUCAUGACAGGCUUGCUAAGUCCCGGGGAGCUGUUGGAGGUCCUGCGAGGUCCUCCGCUGGAGAUUGAGGUCCACGACAGAGACAGGAAGUUGGAGAAGGUGUCGACCAGCCCCGCCCUCUUUGGGACAUAUCCCAAUGAUGACAAGCUAAGCAGUGUCAUCCCUGUCUCUGGGAAACGGACCAAUCACCACCCCUUCAGAGAGAACAGCAAACACUAUGACCCCUGUGGCCUCGCCAAGCUUAACCUCAACGACCUGCUACAAGGACAGAGGAGUCUGAAGGUGAACCUGCCGAUCCGCUGUUCCCCACCGGCCCAGCUGUUGAGUAGUGAGAGGAGUGACUGGGAGAGGAAAAUGGCCUCCAUGCCAGGGACAGGAGGGGUGGAUGGGCCAGAGCAACAGCCUGGACACUACUUUGACGCCAAUUCGCAGCUCAAGGUGCAGGUGGAGAUUGCCUGUCCUCUGACGGGAGGAGGUGGGGCCAGUGACGGGGCAUGGGACUGCCCUUUCGGACGCAUCAUAUACCUGUUCAAGUAUGCUAAUGUCCCGGUGAUGUCACGGCUUAGGGCGGAGCUACUAAGGAUCAAUGCUGUGGCGUUCCAUCUGGAGGACCAAUCAGAGGAGACUGUGGAGCGGGCAUUGUCGUGUUACAAGAUGGCGGCGCCGGAGAGGGAGAGCCGUGACUUGGACGUGGUGACGGGGUUCCACCUGCUAGAUAAACAAAUCCACCUUUUUGUUCUGGAAGGACUGAAACAUAAAGGUGUCAGGAGACUCUGGGAGACAGUCUCCAUACAGUUAACAGGCGGUGAGGAGGACCACGUGAUGGUUCUCUAUAACUCUGGUCUGAGUUUCUCUAAGCGUCUAUAUACCCGUCUGGAUGUCAGCUUUACUCCCGUCCACCUACACCAACCCCUGGAGACCAUCAUGAGACAACCUCUGGUCUACGUCAGAGACAUGGUGCCUCAUACCUGCUUCCAGGCCAUGUCACGGUUGAGCCUGCUGGUCCAGCUGAGGAAGAUGAAGGACAUUGUUCAGAACAAUCUGUUCCCGUCGGCUGAGAUGGUCCUCUCCAUGACCAAGGAGUUUGGAGCGGUGCACCCUGGGAGGUGGCAGCAGAGGCUGCUGGGUAGUGGUGCAGCAGAGGCUGAUGUGUUGUCACACCAUGGCUCAGAGAACACACAAUGCCACGUGGAUACAUACAAUGCUCCCUGUUUACAGUGGAAACAUUACCUCUCCAACCAGCAGAUGAACAAACUCACCAAAGAUUUUAUACAGACCAACAUUGCGGAGGUGCAGCAGGCCAGUCUUCAGCUGCAGAGGGCCAGACCUGCAGUACUGCGAGCUCCACUGGAUGACGAAAGACACAGCAUUCAGACCACAACGCAGUCUUUAGGGCAGAGGUGGCCCUACAACCAGCAGUAUCACAGCGCUACAGUUGACCCCAAGGAGGUAGAGGCUGAGCGGAAGGCUAGGGAGGCCCAGAGGAGGGCAGCCUGGAGGACCCACGAUGGCUUCCUCUACCCAGGCUUCAGGAGUUCCAUCGAGGCCAACGAACACCCCAGACACCCCGAUGAGGCCCGCAGGGACGAGCUCAGGAAGCCCUGGAGAGAGAAUGUGCUCCAUGGCAACACCCAGAGACCCACCCUGCCUCAGAGAGACAUCCGACCCUGGCUACACCGCUACAAUGACAUGGAGCUCUACAUCACACCCCCACCAGUCUUGAGUCCUGUCCCCCCUGUUACUAUACACCUGGCAGGAGAGCGUCUGCAGAGGGAGCAGCUACAGGGAGCCCAGUCUCAGUACUACCGCUGGCUGAGGAAGGUGCUGCCUGACGCAGGACACACUCCCGCGCCAAACUGCAGCCACGUGCGAGUCCCACAGUUCAGCUGCCACAUGGGCGGGGCCGACCCAGGGAAGCUGCAUGAUAUACUGAAGGAUCGACCAAUGAAAUACUCCCUCAGGAAACCUGGCCUCACUCUCAAGCCCAUGCCGGUACUGUCAGUACUGCAACAACCCCAGCAGGUCUCCAGGUCAGGCCGUAUGGCGGUGGUGAGAGAGGAGAGCUCGUCCUUCGCCCCAGGACCGUUCCCGGACCACAGUCUGAGCAGGGAUAAGAACACCAUCCCCCGACAACCCUCACACUACAACAAGUACCACUUUACGGAGUUCCUGAGGCAGAGGUCGUUCCAGUACAAGAGGUCAGCUCCUCCCCUAACAGACAAAGAGAGGCGUAUCCACGUUUUCCAGAAACACCCAGCCCCCUAUGACACCAGACAAACUGCUGGAACCAGCCAAUCCCAGCCAGCCCAGAGCAUCGUAGAGACUCGGACCUAUAGGGAUGUCACCCUGCACAUCAACUGAGGAAAACCCCUUGUGUGAGUCCCAAAUGGCACCCUAUACAGUGCACUACUUUGGCCAAACGUUGGUACUGUAUAGGGAAUCGGGUGCCAUUUGAGAUGUAACCUCAGACUGAAACCACACCACUGCACUAUGGAUGACAAAUGUGAAAAAUCAACACUUUAAUAUAAUAAAUGGCCAGUAUGUUCCAACCACCACUGUUCAUUUCAUAACAACCUCUUCAGUAGUGUCAGUAGAAUCAUCAGUACUAAAAGAAGAGUCAGCAUCCCAAAUGGCACCCUAUAUGCUAUGUAGUGCACUACUUUUGAUCUGGGAAACAGGGUGCAAUGGGACCCAGGUAAGGUCAUUAUAGUCACUUGUGUGUGUUGUUAUAAAUGGUAUAUACAGUAUUAAAUGAACAUCCCUGGUGAUUUUCUUGAGAGAAUCUGGAACCAAUAGAGCUUCAUUACGUACAAACAUCCACUACAUUCAUUCAUCUAAUAAAACAAGAGUUUUUUCUGGAUCAAAAAGGGUCUUAGGCGGCACGCCCAGAAAACCCCUGCUCUCUGAAUGUGUUGAGUAACUGGCACAAAGCAUAUGAAAUGUAAGUAAUUAAAAUAGCUUGUAUAAUGUGGCAAUAUGACAUGCGAUGAUGUGGCUGACUGACUGGUGGGAUUUCUGCAACACAUACAACUCUGCUGUAGUGAUGAGCUGUAAAACUCUACUGGCUGUAAACAAUUAGCCUCCCAUGUUUUCUGUUCUACCCACUCUUCUGCAGCUGAGUCAUCCAGUAGUUGUUCUUGAAGCAGCACCUAGAACAAUAGAACACAACACAGCCGUAGAACAACAGAACACACCCUUUCACUUAGUUCAUCACGGUACAGAAUAUAUUAGAGAUAUAAAAAAUGGAUGAAAUAAAUAUUGAGGAAAGGUUCCGGUAGCGUUGAAGCGAGUGGCCUUUUCAUGGCUUUCUUUUGCAACCUGUCAAUACUAAACAUCAUAUUAAGAUGUGGGACAAGAAAUA